AUGGGCAUAUUUCUUAGCUUACUCCUUCUUGGCAUAUUCUCCUCAGCAACUGCCUGUGAUCGUUGCGUCCAUCGAGCGAAAGUCACUUCCUUUUCGAAAGCUGAAGCCCUUCAGUCUGGUGCUUGUGGCUAUGGCUCUUUGGCUACAGGAUUCAAUGAUGGUCACCUUGCAGCUGCUCACCCUAGCCUUUACAAGGAGGGUGCUGGUUGUGGUGCAUGUUUUCAGAUAAGAUGCAAUGAUCAAGCUCUUUGUAGUAAACAAGGAACUGCAGUGAUGGUAACAGAUCGCAACAAAGAUAACGGGACAGAUUUUGUUCUUAGCAGUAGAGCUUUUGCGGCCAUGGCCAACAAGAACAUGGUUCAACACAUUUUGAGACUUGGUCUUACAGAUGUCCAAUAUAAAAGGAUACCUUGUGAUUACAAGAUGAAGAAUUUGAGCGUUCGUGUGGAAGAAUCUAGCCACAAGGCAAAUAAUUAUUUAGCAAUUAAGUUGUUGUAUCAAGGAGGCCAAACUGAAAUUGUUGUCAUUGAUGUCGUUCAGGUGGGUUCAGCAAAUUGGAAGUUCUUGAGUAGAAAGUAUGGGGCUAUUUGGGACAUUGAUGAUGUUCCGAGUGGUCCAUUGCAAUUUCGGUUUUGGGUGACAUCUGGGUUCGAUGGAAAAUGGAUCUGGCCGGAAAAUGUAUUACCAGCUGAUUGGAAAAAUGGUGUGGUGUAUGAUAUGGGCAUCCAGAUAACUGAUAUUGCAAAGGAGGGAUGUUCUCCGUGCGACGAUGGACCUUGGAAAUGA